UGAACUAGAAACAUCCCAUGUACAAAAUUUCACAGGAAUCGUUAAAGCCACAAGGAAGGAGGAGCGGUCGCCAUGGCUUCCCUCAGCCUCGCCGCCGUACACCUCCGGCCAUCGGACGUCGCCUCCAAGUUGGGAAAUCACCAGAAACCUUCAAUCCUCAUCCACCGGAAGAGACUCGCUCUGUCGUUGAAUGCAGCGUGUGCGACAGAAUCUUCGUCGGCCGCGCCAGAAAAGCCGGAGAUCGAGCUCGAGUUCAUCGGUCCGAAGCCGGCGGCUGAUGGUUCGUAUCCGGUAGAUAAGGCUAAAGCUAUAAGCGGAGAGAAGCUGCUGAGGAACAUCAUGAACGAGAACAAGAUCGAGCUCUAUGCCACGUAUGGGAAAGUGAUGAAUUGUGGAGGUGGUGGGAGCUGUGGAACUUGCAUUGUGGAGAUUAUUGAUGGGAAGGAUCUUCUAAAUGAGAGAACCGACACUGAGCUUCGAUAUUUGAAGAAAAAACCUGAAUCCUGGAGACUUGCUUGUCAAACUAUUGUGGGGAAUAAAGAAAACUCUGGAAAGGUUGUGGUGCAAAGAUUGCCCCAAUGGAAGAAGUGAUGAAGAACCGGACCUUGCUCAUUGAAUCAGUCGAAAGUUUGCUUUCUCUGUAAAGGGAGAUGAGUCAGGAUCGAUGAUAACUGCUCAACUGCACUUGCAUGCCCUUGAUUUUUCAUGUCAAAAGUGACCUUGAUCCUGCAAGCGUAGUUUGUCACUGGUGCAAACUUUUAGUUUUGUGUAGAGUUAGAUGCAUGAAUAGAUCGUGAUUAAUGGCUAUGAUAGGCAGCUUGUAGAUGAUCAUUCCGAUGAAUUCGGAACAGUUGACAUGGCAUCGAACGGAACUCCGGUCGGCUAUCAUAUCUCAUACCCUCUCCAUAAGCCUCACCUCUGAUACGAGACUUGGCUGUCUACAUAAAACUGGUUUCCCUAGGAUAUAACUCUUUUUCUU